AUGUUCGCCGUCAAAGGCUGGUCGGUCCCAGCAGACGCUCUCAAGACCGAGCAACGCCCUUCCGGAGGAAAUGGCGGUUCCAAGUCCAAGUCCAAGAAGAGAAAGAGGCCGGGCGCUGAUACUGUGACAUCUGACAACCUCGUGCACAUGUAUGAAAAGGUGAUUGAGGGCAAGAACCCGAACCAAAAGAAGCCGGGAGAUAAGCCAUCCAAGAAACAAAAGAGGGCUGCCAAGGUCGCCAAGGAGGAACGAAAUGAGUCUAAGAAGCAACAGCAGAACCUCGAGGGUGAUGCGGAUGCCGAGAAUCCAACCUUAGAUUCUGGCGAUGGUCGCCCGGAGAAGGACGCGGCCGGACUCCCCGAGAUGUUUGACGAGUACCACGCGGGCUUCCGCCAGCAGGUCAACGUCUGGCCGGAGAACCCCGUCGACGGCUACGUCGCCGACGUCCGCGCCCGCGCCGCCGUGGCCCAGCCCCGCGAGAGGCGCGACGGACCUCGCUCCCGAAACCCGCCCCCGUGCACCAUUGCCGAUCUAGGCUGCGGCGACGCCCGCUUAGCCACCCUCCUCCAGCCGGAGAAGGAGAGCUUGGGCGUCGAGGUUCUCAGCUUCGACCUCCAGAGCCCCAGCCCCCUCGUGACCCGGGCCGACAUUGCCAAUCUGCCUCUCGAAGACGGCUCCGUCAACGUGGCCGUCUUCUGCCUCGCCCUCAUGGGCACCAACUGGCUGGACUUCAUCGACGAGGCCUAUCGCAUUCUCCACUGGAAAGGCGAGCUGUGGAUAGCUGAGAUCAAGUCCCGCUUCGGCCGCGUGUCCAACCGGCCAGGCAACAACCCCGUCGCGCACAGCGUCGGGAACAGGAAGAAAACCGCUGCCGUCGGCGCCAAGGGCAAGCCUGCCGCCGACUUCUCGCAGGACCUCGCGGUCGAGGUCGAUGGUACCGACGAUACCAGAAACGAGACCGAUGUGUCCGCGUUCGUGGAAGCUCUCAGGAAGCGCGGCUUCCUUCUCAGGGGCGAGAAGCACGAGGCCAUCGACAUGUCCAACAGGAUGUUUGUCAAGAUGCACUUUAUCAAGGCGGCCUCGCCUUCCACGGGUGACGAGCCUGGGAAAGAUGGUGCCAGCAGGAACGGUAACAGCAACGGCAAUGCCGGAGGGCCUCGUGGUGGCGGAUUCCGGAAGGGCGCCAGCAACUGGCCGCCCGUUGUGGAAAAGGUGGAUGAGAGCAAGAUCUUGAAGCCAUGUGUAUAUAAGCUCAGGUGA